AUGUGGCAGCCUCCAGCAGCCAGCAAAAUGAUGAGGCAGAUCUUACAGGUGAACAAGGUGAUGUCCAUCUUGUUUUAUGUGAUGUUUCUCGCUUAUCUCCGUGGCGUCCAAGGGAACAGCAUGGAUCAAAGGAGUCUGCCGGAAGACUCCCUCAACUCCCUGAUUAUCAAGCUGAUCCAGGCAGAUAUUUUAAAAAACAAGCUCUCCAAGCAGAUGGUGGACGUUAAGAACUACCAGAGCACCCUGCCCAAAGCGGAGGCCCCGCCCCGAGAGCCCGCCAAGUCGGAAUUCCAGCCGGUGACGGCCGCGGGCCCCGAACUGCUGCGGCAGCAGAGACGCUACAACUCGCCCCGGGUCCUGCUGAGCGACGGCAUCCCCCUGCAGCCCCCUCCCUUCUACCUCAUGGAGGACUACGUGGGCAACCCCGUGGUGGCCAACAGAACGGCGAGGAGGAAGAGGUACGCGGAGCACAAGAGCCACCGCGGCGAGUACUCCGUGUGCGACAGUGAGAGCCUGUGGGUCACCGACAAGUCGUCGGCCAUUGACAUUCGGGGACACCAGGUCACGGUGCUGGGGGAGAUCAAGACCGGCAACUCCCCCGUCAAACAAUAUUUCUAUGAGACGAGAUGUAAGGAGGCCAGGCCUGUCAAGAACGGUUGCAGAGGAAUUGAUGAUAAACACUGGAACUCGCAGUGCAAAACCUCCCAGACCUACGUCCGCGCGCUGACGUCGGAAAACAACAAACUUGUCGGCUGGCGGUGGAUACGGAUAGACACAUCCUGUGUGUGUGCCUUGUCGAGAAAGAUCGGCAGAACAUAA